AUGGACAAGUCUACGGUAUCGAAUUCAACUGAGAUAGCCAAAAUCAAAGGCGCCUUGUCGUCCUUCAAUUUUGGUGGUAGUCUGGUCGAGAUAACCGCCCUGACAUCGUUGAUCGGAUCAACAGCCGCGGAGUCGUUAGCACUAGGUGAAAAGGGGCCCGCUGGCCUCGUAUGGGCAAUGAUGACUGUGUUUGGAGCUAUACCUGUUGUCAAGCUGUUUAUUGCGACAUCAACUCCUGGCUGGUUGCGCGAAAGCAUGGGUGUCAGCAAUGCGAAAUCAGACGCUGUUGUCGGGUUGUUCCAAAAUGCAGAUAAGAAUUUCAUGUUUCAUGAUCGUAAAGAGCCCGCGAUAGCCGUGGAGAGUGAGAUGAAGAGCGCUCGAGGAUCCAGGAUGAAGGAAGAUUCGCCGAUCAGUUCUCAACGCCGAUUCGUAUACGUUUUUAAUCAGCACACGAUCAGUAUUCUGAACUGCAUUCCUUCCAGCUUUCCCGGAGAUGAGAUAAAGAUUUACUCUUUCGUCGAGGAUCCGUGGCGAGACAAGAGAUACGCUUCGUGGUUUUCAUACGUUGACUGGAUGCUUCUCGCUGCGUCUGUGAUGGGAAAGCUGGGCGAGUUCACUCUGCUUUGGAAAUACGAUGCCUGUACACUUGCUUGGGUUUCCCUCGCAUCUUGGGUGUUUUAUUUCACUGCUGCCGUUAUCUUGCGACUACAUGGCCUCUGGGGGAACACUAAGAAAUCUGAGAUUGACAUUUUAACAGGUACUCUUCCAACUUGCUCUUCUGUUGGCGUGGAUCGCAAGAUUAUCCUUGGAAUACCCAAAAGUGCGCGAGUUCAUUUGAUUUGGAGGAUCAACUGGAGUAUUGGUGCUAUCAUCGGCGUUUCUACCGUCGUAGCAACCUAUGUCUCUCUCAUUCAGUCGACCAGCAACGAAGGAUUCCUGAUCUGGGCUGGAUUUCAGGUCCUCUGGCUCAGUAUAAGGUCCGCAGUCUAUUACUUCCUUAGUAAUAGAGAGGGACACUAUCACGUCGGGUUAGAAGGGAGGCCAUGGAGGAAGGUCAACGUACAGGACAGAAGCCGAAUACGCCGCCUUGUGUAUACGCUAUCAAAAUAUCAAAUACAGCAGCACCCCAGAUCACCACUCAGUUACGAGGAUGAUAUCGUCGCGCCCGAAAACCUUGAAAAUAUCCAGUCGGAAUAUCCUGCGUCACCUGAAGACAAGAAUGUUACUCUGUCGAUUCAGGGUGUCAUCCCCGACACUGUCCUUUCUAGUGUAUCAUGGGUUUUCGGGUGUAAGGAAGGCGGAUUCGACUUUUACGACACUUGUAUUAUUGUCCUGAAGACCUCCAACGGAAUAAUAUCGAUACCCGCCGCCCGAGCACUUUCCACGCGGCAGCUUUCCGGGCAGCCUAAGCACGAUUCAGAAGAAGGCAUUGAUCUCAUACAUCUCCCUCGUGGGGGCUCACUGCCUCAUGGAAGCUCAGCCUUCCCGGAUAAUAGCAUUGAAGUGAAAUGGUGUUAUUGGAUCCCGUGCUCGGGGGGACGCUGGCUGCACUUCAUAACCGAACAAUCGAAAAAUCGAGGACAAAGGGAAGCGGCUAUCCUCACAAAUUAUGAGGUUACGAGAAUAUUGAACAACGGCAAAAUAAUGAACAUCAGUUUGAAGCAUGUUGAUGAGGUCAAAGAGAUUGUGGACUAUUCAACGAUCGCAUGUGGACACAUGCAGGCCUUGCUGAGAUGA